AUGGCCCUCUGGAUGCGUGUCCUGCCCCUGCUGGCCUUGCUGGCCCUCUGGGCGCCAGCCCCGACCGCAGCCUUCGUGAACCAGCACCUGUGUGGGUCCCACCUGGUGGAGGCGCUGUACCUGGUGUGCGGGGAGCGUGGCUUCUUCUACACGCCCAAGGCCCGCAGGGAGGCAGAGGACCUGCAGGCGAGGGACGCAGAGCUGGGCGGAGCGCCUGGCGAGGGCGGCCUGGCCCUGGGUCUGGAGGGGGCCCUGCAGAAGCGCGGCAUCGUGGAACAGUGCUGCACCAGCAUCUGCUCCCUCUACCAGCUCGAGAACUACUGCAACUAGGACGCG